CCUCCAUUGACCAGGAAAAUUAAAGAUUAGAAAAAGCAGCAGAAAAAACAAAAAGGAAGGAGAAACGGAGACGGAAACCAAGCCCCGUCGUCAUUGAGCCUGUUCACAAAACUUCCUCCCCUUCUGAAAUUCCCCCUCCACCGCGCGACGAGAUGGUGAAGAUCAAGAUCCUCCACCGUUAUGAUGUCUCGCCGCCGGCGAACUCAGUCUCGGCAACCGCUCUCCCGCUCACCUUCUUCGACAUCCCAUGGCUUCUCUGCCCCCCCAUGCAACGCCUCUUCUUCUACGACUCCCCUCAAUCCCUUCCCUCCUUUGUCCAGACUACCCUCCCGCUCCUCGUCCGCUCACUCUCCCUCGCUCUCCGCUGCUUCUUCCCCUUCGCCGCCAGCCUCGUCCUCCCUCUGGUACCGCCCCAGAAGCCCUACAUCCUCUACUGCAACGGCGACUCCCUCUCGUUGACUGUCGCUGAGUCGCCCGCCGACUUCGCCGAGCUUGUCAGCGACAAGGGUCGCCACGCGAUGCUGAUACACCCUCUGGUGCCUCAGCUCCCGCUGCCACACACGUCCGAUGGCGCACGUAUGUGGCCCCUUAUGGCGAUUCAGGUGACCCUGUUCCCAAAUGAGGGCAUUUGCGUUGGGGUCCAGUUCCUCCAUGUGGCGGCAGAUGGGAGGUCCUUCAAUCACUUCAUGAAAUCGUGGGCGUCCAUUCAUAGGUCCAGCGGAGCCCCGGCUUGCGUUGACCCGGGCGACCCGAGCCCUUUCUACGACCGAGAAGGGGUGAAAGACCUGAAUGGGCUCGAGCCCAUAUUGUUGAAAGACUGGUGGAGUUGUGUGGGCUCUAGCCCAAGCCCGAUCUCAAUCGAACCUCUUCUCGCCGUUGCGGACAAGGUGAGAGCAACAUUUGUCCUGGGAAAAGCUCACAUCGACGGGCUAAAAGCGCAGGUCUUGAGCCAACUCAAGAACGACCAUGUCGACUCGGAGUCGGAUACAAUCCACUUGUCGACAUUCGUGGUGACGUGUGCAUUCGUAUGGGUGUGCAUGAUCGAAUCGAAACAAAUAGAACACCAGCGCCGUGACCAAUCGUCAUCACAGAGCGGCAUCGACGAGCUUUGCUCUUUUUGCUUUGUAGCAGAUUGUAGGGGCCGACUCAAAUACUCGAUGCCCUCGACGUACGUUGGGAACUACCUGGGCAUAUAUUUUCUCUCGGAGAGGAAAAGGACGCUCUUGGGCAAAAGUGGAAUUUCACAUGCCGUGAGGGCUAUAGGGAGGAAAGUCAAGGAAGUGGAGAGAGGCGGAGGAUUGAGAGGGGCAGAGGGAUGGAUCAGGGACUGGAAAGUAUUUGACAAUGGAGAAUUGGUGACGGUGGCCGGAUCGCCGAGACUGAAGGUGUAUGACACGGACUUCGGGUGGGGGAAGCCGACGAAGAGCCACGUUGUGCAGAUCGACAUAUCGGGGGCGAUUGCUCUCGCAGAGAGUAGGAACGGGGAUGGUGGUGUGGAGGUCGGGUUGGCAUUGACUAGGGUUUGCAUGGAGAAGUUUGUUUGUUUGUUUGAGAAGGGAUCAAAAUCGUUUAUGUCACUUUAGUGUACAUGUCGUCCAUAUAAUCCAUGUCUGAUUUCAAUUUGGUCCUUAUGUUUUGGAUGUAACAACAUUGGUCCAUGUACCUUAGUUUAUUGACAAAUGUAAGGACUUCCAACCAAGUUUAGAGCCAAUUUUUAAUUACGUCUAGAA